UGGCAGCAGUGGCGGGCCUGGUCUUGCCCAGACGGGAGCCUCGGUUCGCCCGUGAGAGUGUUUCGCGUCGCGCUUGGCUCCGGUUCGUGCCCUGGCCCGGUGGAGCUGUUUAUUUUUUUUAAUUCUACCCUAAAUUCUCGCCCUCCUGCCGCCUCGAAGUGCCGACCCGAACGGACGCCGCUGCUGGGGGAUAACGACUGCAUGUGUACUAGAGGAAUUCUAAUUUUGCCCGAGAAAGGUAAUUCAAGAGGCCAUACGUGUUGGGGUAUCAAGUCUUAGAAGUGCAGAAUAUAAACUAGUUGAAAACACACGCACUUCCGAUGACUCGGAGAUAAGAUCGCCACCUGUCACUGUACAAUCGGUCGGUGCGAUGGCGACCAUAGACGGCCGGCCGGCGCAGUAUGGCAUCUCCCUCAAGCAGCUGCGGGAGCUCAUGGAGACCCGCGGCCGCGAAGGAGUGGCCAAGGUGGCCGAGCUGGGUGGCAUCCAGGAUGUGUGCAAGAAGCUCUACACAUCUCCAAGCGAAGGUCUCAGCGGUUCACCAGCGGACAUAGAGCAUAGGCGAGAGACCUUCGGAUCCAACACGAUACCACCAAAACCUCCUAAAACAUUCUUGCAAUUAGUGUGGGAAGCUCUUCAAGAUGUGACGCUUAUAAUUUUAGAAAUUGCAGCCGUAGUGUCAUUGGCAUUAGCGUUCUACACACCAUCAGAUGACGGAGCCCCGGCAGGCUUCGAAGAGGACGAAGGCAAGCACGGCUGGAUAGAAGGUCUCGCCAUUCUCAUCUCGGUCAUAGUGGUAGUUCUAGUCACCGCCUUCAACGACUACACGAAAGAAAGACAGUUCCGCGGCUUGCAGAACCGCAUUGAAGGCGAGCACAAGUUUUCAGUUAUACGCGCCGGGGAGGUGAAGCAAAUCUCUGUUGGCGACAUUGUGGUAGGAGACAUCUGCCAGGUGAAAUACGGUGACUUACUGCCAGCGGAUGGUGUCAUCAUCCAGAGCAAUGACUUGAAAGUCGACGAGUCUUCUCUAACGGGCGAAUCCGACCACGUGAAGAAAGGAGAGAGUUUCGACCCGAUGGUGUUGUCUGGCACGCACGUGAUGGAAGGCAGCGGCAAGAUGCUGGUGACGGCGGUCGGCGUCAACUCGCAGGCCGGCAUCAUCUUCACGUUGCUCGGCGCGGCGGUCGACCAGCAGCAGGAGGAGAACAAGAAGAGGAAAAAAGAAGCUAAGAAACAACGGAAGAAGAAGAGUUUGACAGGCGAGGAGGAGAUGACGCCUGUCACCGGCAACAGCCACGUCAGCAUGCCGGCUACCAUCGACGGAGCGCAGAACAAGCACUCGGAGGUUUUGGACUCCCCCAAGUCGUCGCCGCCGCCCGAGACCCACAAGAAGGAGAAGUCGGUGCUGCAGGCCAAACUCACGAAGCUCGCCAUCCAGAUUGGUUACGCAGGUUCCACCAUUGCCAUGUUAACGGUUGUGAUAUUAGUUAUACAGUUCUGUGUGAAAACCUUUGUGAUAGACGGCAAAACUUGGAAAAGCUCGUAUGCCGGUGAGCUCGUGAGACACUUGAUUAUUGGUGUGACUGUGUUGGUGGUGGCGGUGCCGGAAGGUCUUCCAUUGGCUGUGACGCUGUCACUCGCUUACUCGGUCAAGAAAAUGAUGAAAGACAACAAUCUGGUGAGGCAUCUGGACGCGUGCGAGACGAUGGGAAAUGCAACGGCCAUCUGCUCCGACAAGACUGGAACUCUGACUACCAACAGGAUGACGGUUGUCCAGUCGUACAUCUGUGAGAAGUUGUCCAAAACCAUACCAAAGUUCUCGGACAUCCCUGCUCACGUCGGCAACAUGCUGAUUCAAGGCAUCGCUGUCAACUGUGCGUACACCUCCCGAGUGAUGCCCCCAGACGAACCCGGUGAACUACCGAAGCAAGUUGGAAACAAAACCGAGUGUUCCCUCUUGGGGUUCGUCCAAGCGAUGAACAAGAACUACCAGACCAUCCGAGACGAUAUUCCCGAAGAGAUGUUCACACGCGUGUACACCUUUAACUCCGUGAGGAAGUCGAUGAGCACAGUUAUCCCGCGGAAGGGCGGCGGCUAUCGACUCUUUUCGAAAGGUGCUUCGGAGAUAAUUCUCAAAAAAUGUGCGUUCAUCUACAGUCGCGAUGGACACUUGGAGAAGUUCACCCGAGAGAUGCAGAACCAUCUGGUGCGGCAAGUCAUCGAGCCCAUGGCCUGCGACGGCCUUCGCACGAUAUCCAUCGCGUACAGAGACUUCGUGCCGGGGAAGGCGGAAAUCAACCAGGUCCACAUAGACAACGAGCCCAACUGGGACGACGAGGAAAACAUCGUCAACAACUUGACGUGCAUAGCAGUCGUUGGGAUAGAAGAUCCGGUGCGACCAGAGGUGCCUGACGCCAUCAAGAAGUGCCAAAGAGCGGGGAUAACGGUGCGCAUGGUCACUGGCGACAACAUCAACACGGCGCGGUCGAUAGCCACCAAGUGCGGCAUCAUCAAGCCGGGCGACGACUUCCUCAUCCUGGAUGGCAAGGAGUUCAACAGGCGCAUUCGAGACAGCGAGGGCACGGUGCAGCAACAUCUGCUGGACAAGGUGUGGCCCAAGCUUCGCGUGCUGGCGCGGUCCUCGCCCACGGACAAGUACACGCUCGUCAAGGGCAUCAUCGACAGCAAGUUGAACGAGAGCCGGGAGGUGGUGGCCGUCACGGGCGACGGGACUAACGACGGUCCUGCCCUAAAGAAGGCCGACGUCGGGUUCGCUAUGGGCAUCGCCGGCACAGACGUGGCGAAGGAGGCGUCGGACAUCAUCCUGACGGACGACAACUUCAGCAGCAUCGUGAAGGCGGUGAUGUGGGGCCGGAACGUGUACGACAGCAUCGCCAAGUUCUUGCAGUUCCAGCUGACCGUGAACGUGGUGGCCGUGGUGGUCGCAUUCAUCGGCGCCUGCGCAGUGCAGGACAGCCCUCUCAAGGCUGUUCAAAUGCUGUGGGUGAACCUGAUCAUGGACACGCUUGCCUCGCUGGCUCUCGCCACCGAGAUGCCCACGUCGGACUUGCUCCUCAGGAAGCCUUAUGGCAGGACCAAGCCCCUCAUAUCCAGAACCAUGAUGAAGAACAUUUUGGGCCAGGCCUUAUACCAGUUAACGGUAAUCUUCACCCUACUUUUUGUAGGAGACAAACUGCUAGACAUUCCAUCCGGCAAGUCACCAGAGUUCGGUGACAAACCUAGUCAACAUUUCACAAUAAUAUUCAAUUCCUUUGUCAUGAUGACUUUGUUUAAUGAAAUAAAUGCGCGAAAGAUUCAUGGACAAAGGAACGUGUUUCAAGGCAUUUUCACCAACCCCAUAUUUUACUCAAUAUGGAUUGGAACGUGUGCAGCGCAGGUGGUCAUAAUUCAGUUUGGAAGGAUGGCAUUUUCGACCGCAAGUUUAACCCUGGAACAGUGGAUGUGGUGCCUGUUUUUUGGCUUCGGGACACUGUUAUGGGGACAAAUCGUUACAACCAUUCCUACAAGGAAGCUGCCCAAAAUAUUAUCAUGGGGCCGCGGUCACCCCGAGGAGUACACUGAAGCCAUCAGCCUGGGCGAAGAGAAGUUCGACCCUGACUCUCAAGAUGGCAAAAAGCCACGAGCAGGCCAGAUACUGUGGAUCCGUGGCCUUACUAGACUUCAGACACAGGUGAUAGGUGGUGAAUUGCAAGAACGUUUGAUUCCGGUCCCCUACAGCAAGAGCUCUACUGACCAAGCUAUACGCGUAGUUAAUGCUUUUCGUCAGGGUCUAGACGCCCGCUACGGUGACGCUACUCUCGCUGAAGUCCUACGAAAGCAGUCUUCGCUGAACAAGCGGUUAUCACAAACUUCUUCCAUCGAGUACGCAGAUAAUGUCAUGGAUGAGUUGACGAUUCCAGAGAUCGACGUGGAGCGCCUGUCGUCGCACAGUCACACCGAGACCGCGGUGUAGUGGCGACACCAGCGCCGCCGACCUGCCGCGGGAGGAGCCGGUACCACGAGUCUGCAGCCUGCAGCUGGGACCACGCUCUUCGCUCUGUCGUUGAUUCGGUGGGCUUGAGUCUCGGGUCGCUGUGGCGGAGUCGCCGCGGCACCUCACCACUUUCCACGCGGGGGGAAAGCUCCGUUGCCAGUGCAGACGAACCUGUUCCAGCGAAGCUUACAGCUCUAACGAACUGAUUACAUCUCAUGGAAUGCCGUUUCUCUAGCGCAAUUCGCCAGUUUUGAUGCAGGCAGACACAAACUGACGUUGUUGAAAAAAAAAAUUUUUCUCGUCGGUUUCAUUAUGCCCUUCCUUUAGAAACUUAAAUAAUCAUACGAAAAAUCUUCUUACGUCUUUGAAAUCUGUGUAGUCAAUCCACUGUAUUUGUAACUCGAUAUUUUUGCGGUGUCUCAUUCCAUUGGUCGGUUUGCUGUGGUUCGUUCUAAAGCAUGCAGCGGGCUGUUGUUGGUCUGUCUGCGUCGCAACUGCCCAGUCACGGCGGGAACUGACUGAGCGCAUCAGUCGCAUGUCGGAAUGCCAAGUUGACGAACAGACUGCGGAGCGAAGCAAGGGUGAGGAUAGGAUUUACAUAGUGUACAGAUUAAAUUAUACUAAAUUAAAGGGCUCUAUUCAAAAGACAUUUUCAGGUAAGUUUGUGGAAAGUUGUGGUUAAAUGACUGAAUGUUACGUGCAUGAACAAUAAACUAUGCGAAUGGCACAAUAUUUAAGCAGAAGAAAGUUGUGAAUGAGAAAGGAAAGGUUGUUAAGUGCAGAUUUUUUAUGAUACUAAUUAUUGUAAGAUAAUUGUUAUAUGAAUGUAGACAGUUGAUGGGGAGGCUACAGCCUUUGAAUGGAGUACAAGUGUGAAUAGUCAAAAAUUUGUAUUAUUUUAAUUUAUUUGGUGCCUCCCCUUGUUUGAAAGUCAAGUGCCGGGAUUUUCUGUAGUGUGUAGUUUCCAUGUUAGUAUGUUUAUAACAUUAUCUGAGGACACGCUAAAGGGUUUGCACCAAUUGUGUUUUCGUAGUGCAUUUUGGUGCAGUGCACUUGACUAGUUAAAUUUUGUUGUUGACUUUUUCUGGGUGUACUUCUUGUUCCUGUUGGACACUAGGACCACAAAGUUGAAGUUAAAACUGUUAUUUUAUUACUAUACCUAUGGCAACUAAAGUGAAUUCUGUGUAUUAUGUAUGGGAGACUAAAAGGACUUUGUUUGUGUUAGAUGGAGAAACAAGAAGACACUAAGGAAACCAGUUCACCACUUUCUGUCAUCGAUAUGGUUAUUUAAUUGUUUGAAAUAGAUCACAAAAACUUGGCAAUCUUGUUGAAUGUUCUUUAAAUUGUAUCAUAAAUUGAAAACAAAUACUCUACUGAGCAAGCAGUUAAUCUAGACAGGGAUGCUGAGCAUCGCGUAGUAAAUGAUCUUAGUGGAAUAACUGCAAAGAUUGUUUGGUGAAUUAAAUACAGACAAGUAUUUAAGUUUGAGAUUCUAAAUUUAAUUUAGAGGGACUGACCUGCGACGCAGCAUUGAACUGACGUUGCCUCCGCCAGCUCAAUAGUUGCAGUUCGCCGCCUCUUUAUUAAAGAAAGCCCCUUCUCUGUGCUCUUAAAAAUACUUGAUCAAUACUUAAUGCAAACAAGGUAUUCUUCUAUCCAACUGGAGAUCAACUCUAAACUGUUUCACAAAUCAUUAACGGUCUGCUGAAAUAAUGUAUACAUUGUAGUCAUAUUAAAGUAAUGAACAUGCUAAAGUAAAAAUGACAAAAAGACUUUCAUAAAAUGUUAAAUGCCACCUAUUUCAUUUGUGAAUCUAAAAUUACAGUAUUAAAAUGUAUUCACAACAUGCAUUAUAUGUAGUUUAACUUUUGUACACUAAUGCUAUUUCUGCUAGACUGCUGCUUUAUAACCAUGCUUUCAAGGUUAGCUAACUCCUCUCCAGAAUGUUGUGUUAAAUAAGGAUUUUACGAUUUCUUACACAUGCUGUCUCUUAUUUAUAACAGUUCUAUGAAUUGAGAAUUAUUCUCAUUGUGAGACUCUUAUUAUGUUAUUUUAUGUUAGACUUUUUUUUUUUUUUUUUUGGCUGUGUGCCAAUUAAAAACGCAAGUGAUAUGUAAAGUCACCACAAAUGAAGAUUGCGCAGUAAUAACACAUAACAUUGUAUUGAAAAGUGAUAAUAUUUCAUAGAGCAUAUGUGUGUUCUAUGUUACCACCCAAAUUUAAAUGUAUACAGUAACAUAAUUAUGCCUGCGUUAUAUUUGAAGGCAGAUAAAUUAAAGCAAAUACUACCUCACGAAUUCAGACAGUGUUGCAAAAUGUUGCUAACGCAAAGUAACUCAACUGAUUUAUUGUCAUUUCUUACGAGCACAAACACUUCAUAGCACGUUUAGGAUUGCUGAAUUAUUAGGCCGGUAGAGAUAGCUCGUAGGAAGCGACAGUUACAUUAGUAAUUUACUGUUAUGCGAUAAGGUGACUGGAGUGCAGAACAUAAAAAUUUUUCUAGUUGUGAAAAAAAAAACUAAAAAAAUAAAUAAAACUUAUGUUUUAGUGUCACUAGUCCAUUAUUUUCUGGUUCAGAACACUGCCAAUUACGUCUGAAUUGGAAGUAAAAUUUAUGUUCGCGUAGUCGUAAUUGUGAACCUUAGAUGAGAAAAAUACACGCCUGUAAUUAUCACACAGAAACCAUCACAACCACAGCACCAGUGCGACUGCUAAUACAAGCUUUCCAGCUAUAUUAUUUUGUAUUCAAGCUUUAACCUUACCAUCCUGAUGCCGCGAGUAGAAUAAAUUCCAACAUUUCCAUGAUACGAGUGUGAAUACGUGAACAUAUUUUUCGAAAAAUUCCCGUGUAUAGAUAAUUUCAAAAGAAAAACUAGUAAAAAUGUCCAAUUUUGUUCCAUGAUGUAACUAUUGGAAGAAUUUCGCUGCAAAAUACUCAACGUAAGUGUAAGGAUUAACAGUUUCUUGAGCUUUUAUCACAGAAUUUGGAAUCAUUAUAAAAAUUAAGCAUGAUAUUUUGAAAGGUAACUCCCGUUGUAUUAUUAAUAUGACUAACUCAAUAAUCACGUUUCACCAAAACUUAAACAAAAAGGAAGCUGUAUGUGCAGUUCUCUCGUAAAGAUAAAUUUUGUUAUCUGAUUUAAAAGCAUGCACAGUAAGAUUCAAAUUCGUUUAAACCGUGUGAUAAGCCAUUUCUAUAGCAUAUUUUCUCACAACUGUCCAAGAAAACAUUAUAUGAGACCAACUCAUUAUCAUGCAAUACGAUAAUAAUGUUUUAGAAGUGAUUCAAGCUUUUGACUUAACAUAAAUACAUAUUUUUUAAAAAUAUAUAAUUUUUUUUUUCCUUUUUUAGCCAUGAACUAAAUGUUUUUCUGUAGAAAGUAUACUGACUGUAGAAUUAAGCUUUACUCAUCAAAACAUAGUCUCUUUGCUGCCUCGUACCACAUUCCCUAGACUACUGUCAGUUGUGUUUUGAAUUUUUUCAUUGCUUCAAAAUUUCCAUGUUAUUUCAUAUGUCUACUCCCAGUAUUUCUCUAACCCUUCCAGUCUCUCUUAGUGCACCUCUUUAGUAUAUGCUCAAGUUGACUGUUUUUUUCUAAAUCUUCAUGUGUGAAUUUGUAUCUUAACCAGUGAUACCUUUUUGCUGCUUACCUGCGUUUGUGUAGAAAAUUAUCCUUAACUGUAGAAGCUCUACAAACACUUUCGCUUUCGAUGUGCAAAAUUGAUCAUAGUAUGUGUCAAUGCUGAAGUAUUUUGCUUUCUAUAUCCUUUUCCAAAGGAUUUUCAAAUAAUAAACUAUGGUAAUUGCUGUUUUUUAGUGUUAAACAAUGCUGUAAAAGUUAUGUAAAAGGUUAAUAAUAGGAAAUAUGCUUGCUUAAGGUUUUUUUAACCACCUGCAAGAUUUAUGGCGUAAUAUGUGUUGGUUCUUUGUUAACGUUUUACUGUACAUAGCAUCAAAGUAUUUCUGUGGCGAUUUUGAAACUAGCUGGCAGGCACUGGGGCUCGAGUUGUUUCGUUUACUUUAGUGAAUACAGAAAACAGUUGAAGCAAAUUUGCGUGUUUAAAUAUUUAAGUGAUUGGAAAUUCAAAUAAUAUUGUGUAGUGUCUCUUUAAAUUAUGACUUCAAUGGCCUACUGUUAUUGCUCGUUUAAAAAAAAAAGUUGGCUGUGUGGGACUCACUGUUUUAAUCGAAACUUUUCAUCUUGCAAUCUGUAAGUUUGCUUCACUGAAGUGGCUAUCCUUUAACGUGGCUCAUUUGUUGCAUGAAGCAUUCUUUCUACCCGUCUCGUGUUUACAUUUUCGGAGCGUCUCAUUUUGACGUCCACUUGUGUAGGCAGCCGUACCACACUGACUCUUCUCUUAGCCGCUGCUUCUUACACGUUCAUUGCUAUUGUUUCUUAUAAUCCGAUGGAGAGAUGUUGGGUGUGUUUUACUGAAAUACAUUAUUAGCAUGUGGUAUAUAGCUCAGUGAGCUGCUUCCCCUACAUAAGUGAUGUGUGUCUUCUCUUGGGUGUUUGCGUGUGUUUGUGUGUCUGUGUGCCUGCAUUUCCGCGUCCGACGGUCAAAAGUUUAUCCUCUCUCAUGUGAAUUUUCUAAGCUUCUGUAAGUAACAGUAACCAAAGAAAUGUAUACAAUUGUUGCAUUAUUUGUACAAUAUUUUAAAACAUGUUCAAAUGAGUUAAAAAUUAUUUAUAUUGUUUGCAACCACCAUGAUUUAUAACUGUAUAUGAGAAUAAAAAUAUAUAUUUUAGUCAGCUACAUGACAGUGAUCUAGCAGUCCCUUUCUUUGUUUGGUCCGCGCCAGUUACACGAGUAUUAUGUUUAUGCAACAGAACAUAUUUAUAUCCUUUGUUAAUGACUACUGAGUAAUUGUUUUUAACAAAAUAAAUUUUUAAUGAAUCAGAACAAACCGAAAGUAUUAUGUGCAUUUUUUAUUUGAACUUAUCACCCUUAUCCUAUUGCAUCUCUAAUCAACCUUCCCGAUUCUGAAGUGCAUAUGUCGCCAGUUUAAAAACUGUGUAUAUAAAUUGACUAAGUAGUUUUUUUAAUGUGAAGCUCUCAGCAUUCAGUUUUGUGAUCUUGACAAUGACAUCAAAAUUUCUUAAACAUUUUCUAUGCUAACAUUAUGCACAUGCUUUCUUUUGUGGGAGCUUUCAUUUUAAAUGAUAAAAUUACUAAUUUUACACAAUAUUUUUUUUAAGUCACUCAAGAUAGUUUAAAAUCAUGAAAACCGAAGUGCAAAUAUAUUUCCAAAUAAGUUUUCACUGCAACGAACGUCAAAAAUAAAAAAAAUAAAAACAUUUUAAACAAGAGUGUUUGUUUAGGCCACUCGGUUGCGACAACGAUGGUGCUCCUGAGCACUCACGGAAGUAAGUCGGCGGAUCUUCACAACGCAUUGGGACGCGCGCUGGCUUUCAGGCGAGGGUACUGAGUUCUUAACCACGUGUAGCGUGGGAGGAAGUUUGUUUCAUCUAAAUUCGUCACACAGAAAGUAAUAGUCUUCACAAAUGUCAAAAGAAACCGUCAAACUAUCAAUAACAAGUCAACGAAGGGAGUUGUUGAAUUAAACAUCGAAUAAAAAAUAAAAAUAAAAUGUUUGUUGCUGAAACUGGAUUUUCACAAGCAACAUUAAGCUCACUAAUUUUAAACAUUCAACAAAAAUUAAUAAAUAAUAAUAUGGAGCUGAUAUAUAAACCAGAAACACAUAAUUAUUAGAUAUAUAGCCUAAAUCGGAGUAAAAUGUUCAAAGUAAGAGUUUCUGAAGAAAUCAAGCGUUUUAAUAGAAGUAAAAAUGUUUCAUAAUAAAACAAUCACGCCUUUUCCACAAUAAUUUUUUCAAGUUAAAAUUUGCUUUGUCUUUGAUAGCAACGCCUAGAAUCACAAUAUCAUUACAUGCAUUCUCCUUUAUCAAACUUAUUCAUAUAUUUUAUAAAACAUGUUCAUAUUUAUUCAAAGAGGCAUGUAGUAAAAAUAAAGUACGCGAGUACCAUGUCUUAACAUUCUUAAUAAGGACCGAAAUACAACGUUGCUUUUAAUUUGGAAAUAACGACUUCAUCAAAGAGAGAGAGAGAGAGAGAGAGAGAGAGAGAGAGAGACACGACAAACUGUUGUCCGUACAUUAAAUGUACAAAUAUUGUACAAAUUUUGUAAAGAGAUAUUCCGCCACCUUCAAUAUUCCUGUUUUUCAAGCUAUUCUUGAGAAUUGCAAGUGCUUUGGUUGUUACACUUAAUUUUCGUAGUUAAUGUUGUAUAUCUCAAUAUACGCGAUAUUACGUGCGUCGUGCGACUUUUUAAAUUAUGUAUUAUCAUCUUGGCUUUAAUACUUUGCCAGUGACUGUUCAAAUUGAUGAUAUAACGAAACUCAUUUAUGAUAUGCAUUACAAUGAAAAUUGACAAAAUUUCGAACCCCAACGAAGAAACUAUUGAAGUAAACAAGUAAACGACUUAGGAAGUGUAUUUUUUGUAAUUGAAUAAUUAUUUAUUAGUUUGUGGAAAAAAUUUCUUGUAGAUACAAAAUUAUUAAAAAAAAUAAGCUUUACAAAGCUGAAAUUAUGCAUUAUACAACAAAAACUCACAUGCUAAGAGACGGUUUUAACAAAAAAAAAAAAAAAACAGAGAAUAAAAUGAUUACUAUUCGUUUGGAAAAAAAAUCAAACAGAUCUACAUUACUAUGUUACACAAUUUACAUACAAAUUAGAAAUAAAAACAAAACAAAUAACAGUAAUUAUUUUUAAAAUAAAUUCGAACCAACAUGGCUUGACAAAAAAAUGUGUUUAUGAGAGAAUUUCAAAACACAAAUAUUAAUUUUUCUUAAAAUAUUGAAAUACUAAGUAUAUUUUAGCAUCAAAAACUUUGAAAUAACAAUUUAAUAUUUUCUCAAAAUUUAUAUAACGUAAUUAUCAUUUUUUAAUUAAAACACAAAAAAAAAUCACAUUGCACAGUAUUUUCGUUUGAAAUCGGUGCACUGGGAAAGCUACCAUACAAACCUUUGUUUUAAGUGCGGUUAAAUUUAAUGUUUAUGAAAA